AUGCACCGCGCCGACGCUGAUUUCGAGGGGGGAAGUUGCUACGAGGGCCUGAGCGGAGCCCAAAAACUUGUAAAUCAAGUGGACAGCUGCAUGGAUGCAGUGGCUUGUCUGGAUCAUACUAAGAGACCCACUCGAUUGCGAUAUGAGCGGGAUACCAUACUUGCGAUCAAAGAACAUGCUCUGGUUUCAGACCUCAACGUUGAUGACACACUGUUUCGUGUAAACACAGUUGCCCAAAGAAGCGGUCGUGGGAAAUCCAAGUGUACCCCAUCAAAAACACAAUGCGAUCGACCUCGCGACACAGGGGCCAUCGUUUUAGGUCCACAGAAACGCACCUGGAAUACGGGCUGCCAUGUUUCUUAUCCUACGGGCCGUGACAACAGUGACACUGGUUUCACUCGAGCCGGAAAGGUGUCAGACUAUCGCGGUAAGGAAAGGCAACUGAGCCGAAAUCCGGGGGACUUCAAGCAGGACUUCCGUGGUGCGGGUCGUGAUCGUGGGGGUCUCAGAAGAAACGAAGGCCAAUUCUCCCGAGGCCGUUUCCAUGACCGCCACGGAGGACAACGACCAGGACAUUUUGCAGAAGAACCCGAAUGGUUUUCUGAAGGUCCGACUACGGUCACGGAAACCAUAGAGCUGGGGCGUGUGUUGGAAGAUGAAGAUGGCGAUAGCUCAGCAAUUUUUACACGAAAGCUGGCAACUCCACCUAUUUCUCCUACUGAUGGGGGCGAUAGAGAGACCGAUGAUGUUUCAGGCCUCCAAAACACAAAUCCCAAUAUGAGCCAAACGGGUACCGCUCGGUCACCUCAGUCGCAACUGCAAGACAGUCCACAAUCUUCCCCUAGUGGAGAGACGCCUGGAAGCCGUUUUCGGUACUUGUUUCCCAAGCCGGACGUUAAUUCUGACAAGAAAACAAGUGCGAUCAACGACCAGUUGCUGGGUCUACUCAAGGGUGCGUCGGGACAGUCUGUUUCGAGCCCAGAGAAACAUAAUGGUAUUUUGACUCAACCCGAAUCUAAUGUAAAUUCAGUACUUCAGGUGGAGAACAAGCUGCGUUCCCUUUUAUUGGGCCAUAAUCUCCCUAGAUCAACUGGCCCCUUUCAACAAAAAUUAGGACAGCGAGAAGUCUCGACUGCUGGCAAUAGUUACACUGCAGGUCCAAAGCCAAAAAUUUUGACGGUGGAAGAGAUCGAGGCGCAGUUAAAUCUAUCGACCAAACCACCAGUCUCUGUACCCGUGGCGAAUUUACAGCACGCGGAAAUCGAAAGACCCACUGAACAGCCUUCGACGCUUAUUCAAACACGAACACCCAGUGUUACCACCGUUCAUUCUACAUCCACAUCUAACUUGGCUCCAGUUUUACAUUCUCUGGCUGCACAGCAACAGCAUCAAGCCGUGUGCACAAAGCAACUGCAGUUGCAUACCCCCUUAGUCCCGUUCGGAAUAUUGUCCAAUCCAAUGGUUCGCUUGCCUUCCGCAACGAACGCCAUGUCUGCUAGCGCCCGAAUCAAUCAACUUCAACAUGCAGAUUUACCGACAACCCUUGGAGUAUCCGACUCAAUUCACCAAGGGUCCACUCUACAUCCAUGGGAUUCUCAGGGUAAUAUCGGUACGAAUACUUCAAGAACUCCCAUAGGAUCGAGUGUUAUUAACUCAGUUCUUCAAAAUUGCUUGAAUACGCCGUUGUUAACAGAUUUCAACAAUCGACCUUCAAACGUGCUACAUCCACAUACGGGUCCUAUCAUCAACUCGCUGACGGCUCCAAGACGCCCUAUUGUGAAAGCCCAACAGAAUACUCCGAUUUCACUCGGGUCACCUUUAUCGCACAUGGGUGUCACUAGCCCCAAUGACACGGCAGGGUUUGAUGGGUAUACUCAGAACAUGGAUCGGCGUUUUUUCCACCUCCCUGCAAGUUCGCACUUUCAAGUGCCUGGUGAACCUUUGAAUGCUGGAGACAAACCACAACUAAGUAACUUUUUCCACACUGGUGGUGAUGAAUUUUGUAUCUCUACUCCAUGCGGAGCCCACCUUGGUCAACCCGUGAAUGCGCUCACAUCAAGCAAUAACAACAACUCCGGCUCCGUCUGUCUUCCUGCGAAAAUGCGCGCCUCAAGACCACAAUCGGAAAACAGUUUUGCAUUUUUUUCCCAGUUGGUUGACAUGGAUCGUUCCGGCGUCUCAUCGUUGGGCUGUCCUAAGACAUCCUCCGCGUUCAAUCAUUUAUUGAGUGCUAGCAUGAAGGCAAAAACAUUGGAAGAGAUAGAACACUAACCAGGUGCUGACAGACGACCCUUGGCGGUUCCGAUUAGUCCUUUAUCGCAGGACUACACCUUGUUUUUUUUGAGUUUACGGUGCAUUCGUUUCUCAAACUGUAUAACAUUAGGUUCAUUUGUACAUACUCGCAUCCUUUUCAGAUGUCCCUUUUCGGACGUACAAACUCAUACCACACUGGUCUCAGAUAAUGCGCAUCUGCCCUCAUCUUGGUGCAGGCGCUCAAUCUGUGAUCGGGACUGCAACUAUGCUUCCCCAGGACUACACCAUCUACGGUCUGGUGCGAAGACAUUAAGCUGAAGGUUCUUCGAGAUAUAUUUUGUUGGGUGCCCACAUAUUUUCACCACGUUUCACAUUAUUUACUGGUUGCUUUAUUAAACCUCUGAUUUUCAACUUUGGUUCUAUAUUUCGC